CGGUUCUCAGUGCUCGUAUUUUUGUCGGAGCUCCGCGCGCUGCAGCUGCGUCGGGAUUACUUUGCGCCCUGAAACUCGGAUUUAAUCGCAGAAAAAGAAGCAUGCGGACCGCUUCACGCGCCACGGAGGCUCCAGGGCGUCAGUGAACCCGGCGGUCGUCUCCCGGUGACCUUCUACAUCCAGACUCCAACCCUUCGCCGCCUCUCCUGAUUCUCACUGUGAGCACACAGUAAAACAAAGUUCAGGCUCAGUCAUCCGUGGACGGGACCCAGACCUGAGCUGAAGAUGGGGAACCAGCUGACCGAGAUCGCCCCCAGCACGCCGUUCCUGCCCGCCUUCCAGUCCAUGCACGUGGUGGUGAUCGGCCUGGACUCGGCGGGGAAGACCUCGCUCCUCUACAGACUGAAGCUGCGCGAGUUCGUGGAGACCAUCCCCACCAAGGGCUUCAACAUGGAGCGCAUCAAGGUGCCCAUGGGCAACUCCAAGACCAGCAUGACCAGCUUCCAGGUGUGGGACGUGGGCGGCCAGGAGAAGCUGCGGCCGCUGUGGAAGUCGUACACCCGGCGGACCGACGGCCUGGUGUUCGUGGUGGACGCCGCCGAGAGCGAGCGCAUGGAGGAGGCCAAGGUGGAGCUGCACCGCAUCGCCCGGUCCGCGGAGAACCAAGGCGUGCCCGUGCUGGUUCUGGCCAACAAGCAGGAUCUGGAGGGAGCCAUGUCGGCCGCGGAGGUGGAGAAGGCCCUGGCCCUCCAUGAGAUGAGCUCGUCCACGCUGCACCACACUCAGGCCUGCUCGGCGCUGGACGGCCAGGGCCUGCAGCCCGGCCUGGAGAAGCUGUACGAGAUGGUCCUGAAGAGGAAGAAGAUGCUGCGACACAGCAAGAAGAAGAGAUGAAGAGGAGGAGGAGGACUGAGUCUGCCGCCGGCCUCAGUCCGGUCUGGCGCUUUAGGAACUUGCGGAGGGUGAGCCGGAGGGAAGCCGGUCGGUCCUGCUGAGCAGCUCCACGGGUGGCUGGCCCUCCCCGGAGAGCCCCGCCCUCCCCGGGCCUGUUCCCCUUCACACCCCGGAGAGCCGCAGAGACCAGAACACUCACUCUCCAACAAUGAAGGAUAUUUGGUUCCCUGCCUGUGCCGUCGGGAGCCUGCAGGCCUGGCCCGAGCACACCCUUCCCUUUUCACUGUUACACUUCCCUGUAGAUCUUUCUGUUGCAUGAGGAGCAUUGAGCCGGUCCGGCCUCGGCCCGGAACGCGGGGCCACGCUUUGUCCCACCUGAGAAAGACUUGUGUGUUUCUGCUAGUUUAGACGGGGCGUCGCCGCUCUGCACCACGGUGUCGUUAGUCUCACAGUCGGUCGGUGAAAACACAGAGAACGUUUUUACACUGUGUAAAUACUGUUUUGUAAAAUGUCAACAAAUGAAUAAAUUAUUGAGCAUCG